GCCCCGGGAGAGAGCGCGCAGCCGCGUCACGUGAGGCCCCGGCCCUGUUGCCCUGGCGACGCUUCCCAGCCUCCUGCCCCCGCAAGCUGCCCGGCCUUCAUCGCGAGCUUCGUCAAGGCCGAAACGCCCCGGCCAUGGCCAAGCCGCCGGGCGCGUCCUUCUCCAUGGGCACCUCUUUCUCGCUGGGCGACGGGGUGCCUGAGGCCGAGAAGAACCUGGGAGAACCUGAGAACACCUAUAUUCUGAGGCCCGUCUUUCAGCAAAGGUUCAGACCCUCCGUGGUUAAAGACUGCAUCCAUGCUGUGCUCAAGGAGGAAUUGGUCAAUGUUGAAUACUCUCCAGAAGAAAUGCCUCAGCUCACAAAACGCCUGUCCGAGACCAUUAAAGAUAAAUUAAAAGAAAUGGGAUUUGACCGAUAUAAAAUGGUGGUGCAAGUAGUGAUUGGAGAACAAAGAGGGGAAGGAGUAUUCAUGGCUGCUCGAUGUUUCUGGGAUGCCGACACAGACAACUACACUCACGAUGUCUUCAUGAAUGACAGUUUAUUCUGCGUCGUAGCAGCAUUUGGCUGUUUCUACUAUUGAAUCUUUCAGGAGCUGGAAAAGAUUUUCCAUGAAGAAAUUUGAACUUUUUUUUUUAAUCAUUAAAUAUUUGGACAAAAUAAAGAUAAGCUAGCAGUUUGGCAAAAGUUAAGUUAGCAGUUUGGCAACUGAAUCUGUUGUGUUCUAGACCUUAUAUUUAUAGUGUUUUGAUUCUCUUAUAAUAGGUUCUAAACACAUUUGGAAAGGAGAGAAAAAAAUGGAAAACCCAUUUCAAUUGUUCCAACAUAACCCACUGUAAAUGUUUUGGUACAUUUUCUACCAGUUUUGUUUUUAUUUGCAGGGUUCUAAGAUUGCAGUUUUGAGCCCUGAUUUUUCAUUUCUCAUAAUGUCAUGAGCAGUUUUUCUGUCAUUUUAUUUACAUUUUGAUUUUCAGAAUCAUAAAUUAAUAACCACACUUGUUCCAUUAGGUUAUAAUAUUUUUGCCAUUUCCUUACUGAAGGACUAUUUGUUUCUGAUUUCUUAUAAAAAAUAGAGAUGAAUUCAUUUGUAUGUAAAUUAUAUAAAGCUUUCCCCUAUAUUUUGCAUGGCUGCCUUUACCUUUCUGGCCCAGUGUUCUUGCUGAGCUGUUGCCAUCUGUGCCUUAUACAGCUUCUUAGUCAUUUGUCUCCAGGGUUUGUGCAGAGCCAGGGCUUGAGAGGUUGCAAGCCAGUGUGUAGCCUCCCUUAAGACUCUGAGAUUCUUACAUUGGCGACCAUCCAAACUCCCACUUAGCUUUGCAGUGAUGCUCCCCGGGAGGGCCCUGGUGUUUCCUCCAGUUGGCUGGCCCUCAGCGCUUUAGUCUGUCCCCAGGUUCAAAUGCCUAUUUGAAACUCAAAAAGGAAGGGGUCAGAUUUAAAUCCAUUUUCUAGGCUGGCGCCGCGGCUCACUAGGCUAAUCCUCCGUCUUGUGGCACCGGCACACCGGGUUCUAGUCCCGGUCGGGGCGCCGGAUUCUGUCCCGGUUGCCCCUCUUCCAGGCCAGCUCUCUGCUGUGGCCAGGGAGUGCAGUGGAGGAUGGCCCAGGUGCUUGGGCCCUGCACCCCAUGGGAGACCAGGAGAAGCACCUGGCUCCUGGCUCCUGCCAUCGGAUCAGCGCGGUGCGCCGGCCGCGGCGGCCAUUGGAGGGUGAACCAACGGCAAAGGAAGACCUUUCUCUCUGUCUCUCUGUCUCUCUCUCUCUCUCUCUCUCACUGUCCACUCUGCCUGUCAAAAAAAUUAAAAAAAAAAAAAAUCAAUUUUCUCCCUGGAGGCUCCUCAGCAGAGGUACCAGUGUACCCACCCUCUUUCUUCAAGCCAAGCAUGUAGACAGAAAAUGGGUCGGUGAGUACUAAAGCACCUUUCACACCCUUCGUCAGAACGUUGUGCACCCACUUACCCUACAGCAGCUGGCUCAGCGGCCGGGUCUUGGCUGCGCCACUUCAGAUCCAGUUUCCUGCCUCUGCUUGCGGGAAGGCAGCAGCAGAUGGCCCGAGUACUUGGCACCUUGCCACCUAUGUGGGAGCCCGGGAUUAAGUUCCUGGCCCCGACGGCCAUUUGGGGAGUGAGCCAGCGGAUGGAAGACUGUGUGUGUUUCCCUCGCUCUGUUGCUCUUUCAAAUGAAUGAAAACUAAAAGGUUCAUUCUGGCAAAGGCAAAGGCUUCUCCUCGCCGCGCCCCGUGCCUCUGUGUUUUCCGAACAGGGACUCCCUGAAUCCACUCCUGCUCAGCUGAUUCCUAGGAAUCACAGGGGGUUGGGGGUGUCCCAGAGGUCACCUGUGGCAAGAGGGUUUGGGCCAGCCACAGGCUGCUGGACGUAAAUUCUUACAUCACCAAGGAGAUAAAAGCCGGCCCCGCGUGAGCCGCGAGGGAGGGCGUCUGGGGGGUACCCACAGUGGACGCCCGGGAGCGCUGGGCGCGGCGGCUGCGGGCGGCGCGGGCGAGUCCGCCUGCGCGGGGCCCAGCCCGGAGCUGGGCCAAAGCGGGGUCGCCACCUAACGUUUCUUGACGGACUGCGACGAGCUCGUGCGACAGUUCACAUCCAUAAUUCUCCGGUUCCGGGUGAAGACGGACUCAGCCGUUCGGUCUCCCGUCUCACCGGUGUGCCUGCUCCAUCUCACCGGCCCCGGGGCCUCUGGGGCAGCGGAACUACUGUGUCAGGGGUCGGGAUUUUCAGGAAGAAGUCGUGGUCGGAUUGACAAGGGGGCGGGCGGCAGGCGGGACUUCCGGCCUGCUGUUCCGUCAGCUGUCUUCCCCGGGCGUCUCCCCGCAACCUCCUCAACUUCCCUUGUCGGUGACGCGGCGCCCGGCAGAAAAGCGACAGGACAGUGGCCGGGGGAACGUGAGCUGCUGGAUUAUUGUUAUGGAAUAUCUGUGACCAGUGUGUUUUCCAUCUCCUGAGAAAGUGGAUAAGGUA